AUGAUUAAUGAACUGCUUCCUACGACUGCUUGUGUUUGUUAUAUAGCAUGCCGGAAAGAUACCAUUAGAGAACUAACAUAUGCGAACAAGACUAGUCGACAAGUUUGUAGAUUAAUAUAUUGUUUCAACUCGAAAUAUGAUUACAUAGCUUACAUCGACUACGUGGAAUCACUUGAUGCGCUCCUUCUCCUCUUCCGGCAUGUGCACAACAGUUGUUCGAUGAAAUGCUCACAUGAAUUGAGAGUGCAUUUCUACUGUGGGUCUGCAUCUCGUUCGACUUAUUGCACAUAUAGUUCCGCUGCAAGUUUCUUCCUAAAGUUUCCUGCAGGAUUGGUUGUACCUGAGUAUAUCAUCUCCGUUGCGCGCAACGGUUGCUGUAAGCGCGCAGCUCAAACAAGAGCUUUGUCAUCAGUUCUCUUGAAGUUACUAACAUCCGAGAAGCUUCUAGAACCAUUAGUAACGAUCGAGAUGCCAUUAGUGAAUGUUCUUUCUGAUAUGGAAGUUUUCGGAAUAGGUGUUGACAUGGAGGGCAGAUUAAAACUGCCAGUUCGGGAAGGGUAUAAAGGGAAACAACACCCCAGUACUGACAAACAUUGUUUAGAAUUAUUAAGGUUUGAGCAUCCUAUUGUUCCUGUUAUUAAAGAACACCGGACAUUAGCCAAGCUUUUAAACUGUACAUUGGGUUCCAUUUGUUCACUUUCUAAGUUAUCUAUGAAGACUCAAAGAUAUACACUUCAUGGACAUUGGCUCCAAACUUCAACAGCAACAGGAAGGUUAUCCAUGGAGGAUCCCAAUCUUCAGUGUGUCGAGCAUAUGGUUGAAUUCAAGAUAGAUAGCAAUGAUUCAGACAUGGAACUCUACAAAGAAAACUGGUUAUUAGUAACUGCAGAUUAUUCUCAGAUAGAACUGAGAUUAAUGGCUCAUUUUUCUAAAGACCAAUCACUGAUUGAUCUUCUGACAAAGCCUCUUGGUGAUGUGUUCAACAUGAUCACUGCAAAAUGGUCAGGAAAAGAAGAGUCUUUAGUGGGCCCCAAAGGGCGAGAUCAAACUAAAAGAUUGAUUUAUGGGAUUUUAUAUGGUAUGGGUGCAGAUGAUGCUAGAGACAAAAUUCAGAGUUUCAAAAGAUCUUUCCCUGGUGUUGCUUCUUGGCUUAUAGACGCUGUUGCAAUCUGCCAUAAAAAAGGUUAUGUGGAAACUUUGAUGGGAAGGAAGCGGUUUUUGGCGAAAGUUAAGUUUGGAAAUAGUGAAGAAAAAUCAAAAGCUUCCAUUUGUCAGGGAUCUGUAGCUGAUAUAAUAAAGGUUGCAAUGAUAACUAUACAUGUUGUGAUAGGUGAAGGUGUUGACUAG